UAUAUAGGCAGAGAGCAAAUUCUUGCCAGCUACUGCUCAAAAUUCCCAUUUAUCCUUUUUAAUACAUCUUAUUUCAGUCCGAGAAAGAGGAGGAAGAAGAAGAAAAAAGAAGAGAUGGGAGGAGGUAAUGGACAGAAGUCAAAGAUGGCUCGCGAGAAGAACAUGGAGAAGCAAAAAGCUGCUGCUAAGGGAAGUCAGCUUGAAUCAAACAAGAAAGCCAUGACGAUCCAGUGCAAGAUUUGCAUGCAGACAUUCAUUUGCACCACAUCAGAGGUGAAGUGCAGAGAGCACGCCGAAGCAAAACACCCAAAAUCAGACGUAUAUGCUUGUUUUCCACACCCAAAAUCACUCUAA